GUGGGGAUGAAUCUGGCCCUUCGAUAAAAGAAGCAUACAGCCGUGGGGAUGAAUCUGGCCCUUCGAUAAAAGAAGCAUACAGCCAACCACCUCAGCACAGCUUUGUCUUCUGGAUCGGGUUUGGGUGGAUAGAGCCUGAUCUAGUGCAUCCGAGAUGGAUGACCCAAUCACAUAUUACGAGGUUGUAUGAAGUUCAGCUCAACGUCCAGCGACGAGAAGCUUCCAGGUUUCAGAAGCUAGGAAAAGAGUCGAGAGACAUCGGAGAUGGCAGGUACCUCAGAAUGGAGCCAGAUUUCUGGUCUCACACUUUCACCACUUCUUCUUUCGCUGACGAAGAGCUUCAGCAGGCUCUCCUCGGGCUUUGCGAUGCUGGUACCAGCUUUGACUACACCUCUGCAAUGGCCAAUCUAGAAUGCCUGCUGUGCUCUCGGCACCAUUGGAUACUGUCUCCGAGGGACACUGUAGCCUCUCGCACCACAACACUAUUCGAAGCUGUCUUUCGCAUCUACCUCUCAAAGCACGACGGACUCGAACCAGUCUCCAACCUGACGGAUGAGGUCGUCUGCGAAUUAGCACUGCCGGAGCUCUUGAUAAUGUUCAUCUACGGGAGUCCCCCCUCAAUGCCUCCGAUGCUGCUGAAUGUGGUCGAUGCAAUAUUCAAGGACAGUGACUUCCAUCAUCACUCAGCACUCCAUCAUGCUUUACGACUCCUGAGAGGAUUCCUCAUGUCAAGGAUGAGGAUGGAAGAUACAUGCCCCGCUCCUGUGUUUGCCCAAUGGCAGUUGAGACAAGUCGCUUUGUUCAGGUUAAACGGGAACAGACUCAGCUUGAACACUAUCGAUGUCCAUGCUCAGCUAGCAGACAUCACAUAUCCUCGCCCAGCAUUCUGGAGAAGGUGCUUACUGAAAGGGAUUCUGGGGACAGAGGAUCCACCGCUCCCGGUACGUGACUUGGCGACAGCAGUGAUGAUUGGAAACCGGGAAGAAGAGUUCAUCAAUGUCUCCAGUCUAUCUCGACCACCACUCGGCCUGGGAUCCGGGGAGCUGGACUACCCGUUUGAUAUUUCAGAUUCGUGGCAUGCGACACUAUGGGGGUUUGUGUACGUUUCGUUUAGAAGCUUCUGGGGAUGAGCAGAGCGUGUCGAACUUUUGCGUUUCUUUGAGGAGACUGUUCACACCAUUGUUGUAUCCUUGAGACUGUCCGUCUCUCUUAUCUCAGC